AUGCCUCAGCAAGAAUUCGUCCCUAAGGAGUACAGCUUGAAAAAUACCUCGUCAUCAUCGCUCCACCUCCAAAGCAAUGAAAGAUCGAAACCUGUUGACUUUACCUUCGAUGUGAUCAGAUCGGGCCUCUUCCGAACGACGUUUACAUCAGAAUCGCACCCAUUACCACCAUUCCCCAGUGCACCACGCCUCACAGCUGGGACAUCCUCCUUCACGACCACCAACUCCGGACCCAAACACAAGAUCUUCCAAGUCGGCGAUGUCGAAGCCAGAGUCGAGUGGAAUGGCGUCCCUAUCGUCUCGGUGGGAUAUUCAGGCCAACAACCCCUCCAUUACGACCUGCCAUUCCGCUCAUAUGCCCUCGAUGGCCCCGGGAUCGCCCAUUACACACGCUACUUCCGCGGCAGCUUGCAUGUUGGUCUUGGAGAAAAGCCUGCCCCAAUGGACUUGUCGAAUCGCCACUUCACCCUCUCGGCCACGGAUUGCUUUGGCUAUGAUGUUCAUCGAACAGAUCCCAUGUACAAGCACAUCCCCUUGCUCGUCCGCAUGGCACCCGAAGGCGUCGUAGCUACGUUCUCGACGUCUCAUGCGAGAGGCUACUACUCCGUCGGCAGCGAGAUGGACGGGAUGUGGGGCUUCUUCAAAGUCUAUCGACAGGACCACGGAGGGCUGGAGCAAUAUAUCCUCAUCGGCAAGACGAUCGAAGAGGUCGUUACGAUUUACGCUGAUCUUGUCGGAUAUCCCAUGCUCGUCCCUCGCUGGGCGUUCGGAUACCUCGGCGGGGGCAUGAAGUAUUCCAUGCUGGAUGAGCCACGAGCGAGCGAGGCCCUGCUGGAGUGGGCUGGACUGGUCGAGAAGCAUGAUAUUCCUUGCUCUGGAUUCCAGAUGUCUUCGGGGUAUACCGUCGCGGAGACAGAGCCCAAGACAAGGAAUGUGUUUACUUGGAAUCGACAUCGUUUCCCGGACCCUAAGGCCUUUUGUGAUGAGUUUCACAAGAGGGGGAUUAGGCUUAUUGCGAAUAUCAAGCCUUAUAUUCUUGCGAAUCAUCCGGAGUAUGACGGGCUUGUAAAAGCUGGAGCGUUGUUCAAGGAUCCGAAUACCGGGAAUACUGGAGUUGCGAGACUAUGGAGUGCAGGAGGUGGUGAGUCAGGAGAAGGUGGACAUAUCGAUUUCUCCAGCAAGGCAGGUUUUGAAUUCUGGUACAAUGGCGUCAAGGAACUACGUAAAGUCGGCAUGGAUUGCAUGUGGAACGACAAUAACGAAUACCUCGUCCCAAGCGACGACUGGCAGCUAGCUCUGACCCAUCCGUCCGUGAAAGAUGUCAAAGAGCCACGAAACGACAUUGGGCUCUGGGGUCGUGCACUGCAUACCGAACUGCACGGCAAAGCCUCCCACGAUGCCCUUCUCGAAGUCUACCCUAACGAACGACCCUUCGUCUUGACUCGCAGUGCCACAGCUGGAACGAUGAAGUACGCCUGCAGCGCCUGGUCCGGCGACAACAUCACCUCCUGGGACGGCAUGCGAGGUGCCAAUGCCCUUUCUCUCACAGCCGGCAUGUGUCUCAUGCAAUGCUACGGCCACGAUAUUGGGGGCUUCGAAGGCCCACAGCCAUCACCUGAACUCCUCCUUCGGUGGGUCCAGAUGGGCUGCCACAGCCCCCGUUUUGCUAUCAAUUGCUUCAAGACUGGAGAAGACAACAAAGUUGGCGAUGUGAUUGAGCCAUGGAUGUAUCCCGAAAUCAUCCCCGAAGUCCGCAAGGCCAUCAAGCGGCGGUACGAGAUGAUCCCUUAUCUCUACUCGCUCAUGCUGCACGGGCACUUCACAGCCGUUCCACCUCAGCGGUGGGUCGGUUGGGGCUACGAAAGCGACCCGGAAGUCUGGUCAUCCAAGAUCCUCAAAGACGGCGAGAGACAGUACUGGCUCGGCGACACUCUCCUCGUCGGCGGCGUCUACGAAGCCUGCGAAACAACAGCUCAGAUCUACGCCCCAAAGAAAUCCUCCACUGACCCUGGCUUCCUCAACCUCAAUGCGCCCUAUCAAUACCUUGCCGCGGGAGCAUGGCAGUCCAUCUCCUCGCCCUGGAAAUCUAGCAUCCCCAUCCUCGCUCGAAUCGGAGGCGCCGUUCCUGUUGGCAGGAACGUCCAGACUGUCGCUCCAGGUGACAAACUCAACGAAGCGAGCCUCCCCGCCGAUGACUACCGCGGCGUAGAGAUCUUCCCGCAGCCAGAACACCUCGCUGAUGGAACGCUGUUCAACAACACCUGGCUCGAAGACGACGGGAUCUCCCCUCCGCCCGCCAAAGUCGCCAAGUUGACUGUGUCAUACUCGGCAACUGCUUUUGAAGUGAGGGUUGGUUUUGAAAAGGAUACGAGGGCGUUUGUGCCCCCGUGGGUGGAGAAGGGGUUGACGGUGAUUUUGCCCGUCGGGGAUGAGAGGAGGGUGGUUAGUUCGGAUGGAGGUGCUGUUGUGGAGGGGAGACGGCUGGAUGAGUCUGAACGGAGGAGGUGGCAGGUUUUGGAAAAGGAGGGGAGGGUGGGGAGUAAAUUGUAA